CAAAAAUGGGAAAAGUCCCAGUGGAAGACAGGUUGUGAAAUUUAUGUGAAUUUAUCCUGCAAAGAAGGCUGGAGAGUCUGGAGCUGAUUAAUAUACAAUAUUUGUGAACAUAUUAAUUUGUCUUCUUGUUUAUAAGCUUUGUUCCUUCUUGUUUUGCUUUUAAGUACACCAGAAAAUUUUACUGGGAUCAAAGAAACUGAAGAAAUGGUAAGCUUCCUCAUGUGUAGACAUGCUAAGAGAGCUACAGUACAGACACACACGCAAACAAGUGCUCCUGAAACAUGCUGAUUGACUCCAAACAUUGGGAUCGUAUAAAGCAUCCAGCGCACUUUCCACCAACACACCACUCUGACAACACACAGCAAAUGUGUCCACACAAGCGCAGAGGCAAAGGGCAAAGAGAGAAGCACUGCCAAGAAAAGCAGUGAGGAAAAUUGUUUCAUUCCCAGCCAAGUGACUCAAAAGAACCAAAGGACAGAAAACUUCUUUGCCAACUUAUGGCAGGAAGUCGGUGCGCAUGGCCUGGGCAUGCUUACACCCAUACUGCAAGGUUGUCCUGUCUCCUGUGCUGACAUGCUGAUACACCCACAGGGUGAAUGCUUCUCAAGGGCAAACAGCCAAAUCAUAUCAAAACAAUGGACCACACAAAACACAUAAGUGUGACUAAGAAAGUGGAGAAGCUAGAUGUCACAUAUGAAUCUUUUUAUUCCCUAAAAUUAAGGGAAUUUGAACAGAAUCCUCUUAGCUAGGCAGAUGACAUGCACUUUUGCCAAAACAUAUCAAUUCAGGAAGUCAUCCAGGUGAAACAAGUUCAACAAAUGACUGAUACAAUUAGUCACAUUUAUGGACUGAAGAGAGCAAUUCUUUACCAUAAGAAUUCCUAGCACUGCCAAAUAAUCUAUUAAAUCAAUUGCAACAGUGAAGUUAACAACUUGGGUUUCCUCCCUGUACUGCCUCCAGGUUUGCUACGUACAACAGAAGUGCUGAAAAUAAAGGUAAGAAAGUUCCAUAUUUCAAAUGUCCCAUGAAUACCUUAAUGUUUGAGGCACAGAUACAGCAGUGAGUGUUAGCUGUCACACUGUCAGAAAUCAUCUUAAAGGAAAACCUUCCACCCUCUUCAAUAAGCUUCAAAGUAGACCCUAAAAACCAAAUAUGAAGCUUACCUACUUUGGCAGUCCUCAAGCUACAACAUGCUUUCUUAUGUGAAUUAGUUUGGGUUUGGCCAAUACUGCAAUGGGAUGCAAAGUAAAUUCAGUAUGUUUUAGCAAGAAGAGCUGAGCACAAUGCCAGUUCAGACCACUUUGAAUUCUAUUCAUUCAUGUGCAUCAUGACCGUGAAAGGACAGAAAACUGCUGUGAAGUUUGGAGCUAAAUAUUUGCAGGAAAAACUCAAGCAUGUUUUAGAAAACAUGUUUUCUUAGUGAAUCUGCAGCUAACUAACAGAAUAAUAUGGUGUCACCGUUGACAUAUGGAUUAAAAGCUGAACUGGUUUUGACUUUCAACUGAAAAUUCUACACGUUCAACCACAAACCCAUUACUGGAAGAUGGGGAGGGAAAAGGAUUAGGAUUUUCAAUAAAAAUAAACAAAAAAUGUACAGAAGUGAAUCCAUUUUUCUUUGUUGCAAUUCUUAGCAUAUAAAACUAUACUUCUAUCCUUUUCUUUUUAAAUCCAACCAUUACAAAUACUUGCCCUUCAAAGCAAGGAAUUGUUCUCUGUCUCCAAAAAGUCACCAUGUACUGUUGGUAGGGCAGAGGAGCUGCUACUAACUAUUCUAACAGCAAAUGUGCUACGCUGUGUACAGACAUGCCCAGCAGAUAAACAAACCCAAGCUGCAUCAAAUCGUGUAUGUUUCUUGAUCAGUAAGGGCCCACAAUUCAAGUUAUUACAGACCGGGCAAUCAAAACAUUUACAGUGUCAGAUGCCCUGUAGACUACACAGGCUGUUUCCUCACACAUCACCUAACCUCUACACCAGCUGGAUUCUUUCUUUUUUAAAGAUAGAGAAUUAAACUCCUUACCACUGAGGUUUACCAAGGGCAAUCUGUGACCACCUCACUUUUACAACCUUGAUCAAGAGUUCGAAGAAAUAGAUAUAUAUUUUUUUAAGUGUAUAUGUACAUACAUGCACAUGAACUUGUGUGUAUUUAUUUGUUUAGGUCAUUUGACAUAGCCAUUUACAGGAAAGAAGUGAAGAAUUACAAUAGCAAGGUGUUGACCACUUGAGCGGUCAAGUUCCAUUCUCUAAUUAUUGCUUUUAACGUUUUCUUCCGUUUUCUUGAAAUUAAUAAAAUAGCACAUGAGAUAAAGAAUACAUAAGACUUCACUGAACACAGGACAUGGCAGGCUCGGUCUUACCACUCAGUGGAGCAAUAAGUCUGAGUAGGGGAGACCUCAUGAUCGAAAUGCAGACCUAGGCUCUCUGGGCUGAGAAGCUAGUUACAUAAGGAACUGACAAGGCCUGUGCAGAUUUGGGUGUGCAACAGACACAAGUACUGAUAAUGAAGUGGUGAGGGGGAAUAAAAAAUUCCCAUUUCAUAACUUUUGACUUAGCUUAUUUUCUGCAAGCAGUAAACCUCAAUACCCAAACAAGACCUAUUCCAGAAAACUUAAUCAGACAAAACCUAGUCAGCUUCCUUUUUUGACAUUACAUUUUAAAAAUACGAAUCAUCUUUUCUUUACAAAAGAAUUCAGAAAGUUUCAAUAUGAACACUAGACAGCACAUUCCACUACUAGAAGUUUUUUACAAGAAGAACUCCAAAUAUCAAAGCAGCUUAGGAAUUUAUAAAGACAAACUAUCUCACUACUUGGGAAGAAGCUGAAUUCUUUCAGGUAUAUGACCUUCCUAUGAACAUCAUUCAUUUCAGAAUGAAUUUUCAGGAUUUUGUAAGAAUACUACUCCCCAAGUACAAUAAUGCAAGAAUAUAAUUGAAUCCUUUACAUGCAUUACUUACAUUACCAGAAAGCACCAAGGUUGACUUCCAAGAAAGAGAAUGGAUACAUUGAUAUUAUCAUGACGUAGCUAAUACAAGCGAAAGUUAAAUUCACAAAUUCUGGUCUCAUUAGUAAAAGCAAAAACUAAGCACCUGAACUUUGGGGAGGCAUGCUAGCUCUUCAGUGGCUUAAUUAGGGACUGCUAAUCAAUUACUCAAUUGUAUCAUGCACAGGAACCUUCCCCUUAAGCUAACAAAAAACAAAGAGGAACAAUGAGGAAGAACCAGCUCCUCUCUUUGGUUGUGACAACAUAAAGGCCAAAAACUUUACAGCAUAAGAAGUACUUAGGAACUUCAAGAGUCUACUGAGAAUGCAUCUCCUCCUCCACACAGCCACAACCAGCUGAUGGGAAUUCACAGCUCCAUGCACCCUAAAAGCAGUCAGUUGCAUUUAGCUCUCCCUUGAACUUGCAAGACAGUUUGUAAGGCCUGGAAACAGCUGUGGCCUGCAUAGGUCUAAAACUGAUUUGGCCAGCAAGGUUUGAAAAACAAGAACUCAUAAUUCUUUCUUUUGUUCUAGUUAAAUAUUAUACGUACAUUUCCCACCUGCAGAUAAGAGACUGUUCACUGCAAAUAAGUAGAUUGCCAUCCUCAUAGUGGCAAAUAAUUUUCAAAAAAAGUUGAAAAGCAUUUGACCAUCCUACUAAGCAUGGUGAAAGGCAGAGAAGACACUGAGUUUAAGGGUUUCAGCAGCCAAGUACAGCUUCCUGAAAUAAUCAGGAUGGCACAUUAUACAUCAACAAGCUCUCACACUCCAUAAACCUGCUAUAAAAAGCCUCUAGCAUCAGUAUCUCAGCUGCUUCUGAAUCUUUUCUUCAAGCAAAAACACCUCCCCUGCCCUUAUUUUUAUAGCUUACUGUAACAUGUUUGUAUUUGAGUACUAUCAUAAAAAUAAGGUGAUUAAUCUGUAUCUCUCUCUCUCUGCUGCUUCUGAGAAAACUGAUCUGGAAUUGCACCGGGCAGUCCUCAGACUGCCCGCAUGCUUCCACCUUCACUCAGAAUCCCUUUUUCCUUUUGAUAUUGUCUCAUGUGAGAUCAAACAAGCAUCAUCUUUCUUCAGAAUGAAACAAAGAAUAUUGUCAGUUUCUCGCUAAAGAAAUAAAAAGUUUUUUUUUUUCUCCCUCAGACUGAAUGUACAUAUCCUUGUCCACUCAUCUCUUAGUUACAAAUAUCCAUGGCUCGCUUAAGCCAUUCUGCCUCCAAAAACUGACCAUUUUUGUCACAAUGAUGUUUAUAGCAUACUUUUAAAAAAUGACAUUAAAUAAGUCAAUCAACUUUUUUUCCCUUCAUUCUAGUUUUCAAGUUGAUUUUAUUUGAAGAUUUCAGAUGCAUUUUAAUGCUAAUUGUUAAUGUUUCAAAUAUAUAGGGUACUUAAUUCAGCCUUUUCAUCAUGACACCUUGGAAUAUGGGAGAAAGAGCUGACUUUUUCAGCAAGUGCAAAAAUCUCAGGGUAACUGAUGAACUUGGGAUCCUUUGGUCAACAACGUGUUAGGAAGGAACCUUCUGCACAGCAAUCACCUUUGAACAAAUCUCUAAGUAGACGAGAUCUACAUUUAUGAUAAAAAGCACAAAGAAUGUUUAAACUUCUUGUUUGAAGUGUGAUAAGUUAAAAAGUCUACCUAAAUUUCAGGGAACAAAGAAUCUUCAAAGUCCUUUCUUAGCAAUAAGUUGAUCAGCUCAUCACACUGAGCAAAUAAUGGCAUGUUUAAUUAUUGUAGGAAUAUUCUAGAAGGGCUAAUGUUAUAUAUGACACUAAAAGGGUUUUGAUUAACCAGAAAUUGUUUGGUAGAGUAUAUAUAUCAUUCGCUUUAAGUCUUUCUGAUUUUCAGAGAUAAACUAAACCUAUCUCAGUCCCUGCCAAAGGCUGACAUUAUGAAUUGGAGAACAGUAAUUUAUAUUAUUUUAUUAGUAAGCUUUACUAUAGCCAGAGCCCUGCCUAGAAGUUAUCGGGACAUAGGUAAGAAUAUAUCUCGUGUUUUUAUUCUGUUCUUUCAUAUAAUACUGCUGACUGCAACUUGGCAUGCAUGGUUAUUUGGUAUUGUUUUAUCACUGCUAGUUCUACACUAGUGUUUUCUUAUAAAUGAAAGAUAUACAACAGAACUGUAGCUGUAUAAUUCUAUUCUUGUGAUCAGCCUUAGACGUAUCACUUCUUAAUGUCUUGAGAGUCCAUGUGCUGCAUGAUACAGCCCGUGCUUACUGAGAGGAUGUGUACUGAAGGGUAUUUUAAUCUAUAGGGGUGUGGUUAUUCCACUGAAUUUCAUGUAUUCCAAAACCCGUUGAAGCAAAGACUGCAGUUGUUCUAGCAUUUGUCCAUUUGAAGUAAAGUCCAUAGUGAAGUAAAGAGAGGGAUGCUACAUUCACCUAGCUAUUCAGUGUGGCAAUGUUAGGAAAUCGCUCUUUAUUAUUCUCUGGAGGAGCUUUACUCUCCACUAACUACUGAAGGAGCCUAUGAUGACUGCAUUUGGCACUAUAUUUUAAGUCCCAGAAAAGAGACAACUGAAAAGCUCCCACAGUAUGCAGGUCUGAUGAAUCUUUCACAUUACAUAUUUCUACCAUUAGUCAAAUGUUCUCAUCCUUAGAACUUCCAAAUGCACUAACAACUGAUGUUUGUCUUAUUUAUCUUUAAUCACCAUCCCAACUGACAUUUCCUCAUUACUUAGAGAAACUGGAUUAACUCUUAAUUUUGUCUGAUCCUUUUAUACUGCUCUCAGCCCAACUGACAUAGGUGUGACAACUGUCCUGAGUAGGGAAGAUGCUCCUUAUGUCAAAAUUAGUCUCUGAAAAUGUUCUCUAAUAAACAAGAAACCCAAGAAAUGAUUGGAUUUAGGCUAGGCCAUUAAUAAAAGAUCCACUGGCAAAGGAAAAUAUUUGCAUAUAAUCUUCAGAUAAAUUGGACACAUUUGUGUUCCACUGGGCUUGUUAAUGGCACAUGCAGAAGGAUAAAGCUCUGUGAUUUUUUGUGGAGCUUUGUUUACAAACGUAGUCCUCAAUUUAUUGCAUAUUUUCUACACAGGGAAGCCUUCACCUGCAGCCAAAUGAUCAUCAAGUAAACUUUUAAAUAGCUAAGACAAGGCUAAAAAGUGGUUUCUAAGGUAUUUAUUUAAUCAUGUGAUGUGCAUCAUCAUAGCUGAACACCGUCUAGGUUUGAUCGUAUCUUCCUCCCAUAAAACAUGAAAUAGGCAAUGAAAUUACAUUCUAGCUCAAAAACAAAUUGUUUCACACCCUCAAGUCAAAUAGAUAGCAGGGCCUCAUGCCUUCCACCUUAGUAAUAGUACUGCUGGCACUGAAUUAUGUUCGUCUGAAACUCCAGUAUAAAAAAAAAGUACUUGAUGAAGCAUUUGAAACACAUUUUAUUCAAACACCAAUUACCUUGUUUUUCAGAGGAAAAAACCAGCAUUGGCCAGCGGUUUUCUCAGCUGCAAGAAAAUAAUUUUAGAGCCAUUGCCAUGAUCAUGUUUGCACAGUAUGUGCAAGGAAAUACAUUUGGCCAAGUGGUUAAAAUGGCUGAAGCUGUAACAGACCUUGCCAAAAAGUGCACUGAUGUAGACAGAGACAACCCAAACUGUCGGAAGCCUUUGGACAGGAUCUUCCUCAAUACAAUAUGCCAGGAGGACAAUCUUCCCAGGUUUACUGACUGCUGUGCAAAAAAGGACUCUGAAAUAAAUGAUUGCUUCCUCUCCCUUAAAAAUUCAUCAAGAGGAUUCAUUUCUCCUUUUGAAAGGCCAAAUGCUGAAGCUGCCUGCAAAAAUUAUUCAGAGCAUCGCCAUUCAUUACCAGGACAUUUCAUCUAUGAGGUUUCCAGAAGGCAUCCUUUCCUCUAUGCCCCAACAAUCCUUUCUGUCGCUAUCCGUUAUGAUGAGAUGAUGAAGGACUGCUGCAGAAGUGCUGAAGACUCAACUCAUAACCCAGAGGAAUGCUUUCGGAGACAGGCCCCAAAGGUGGUGAAGCCCAUCAGAGAAGAUGGCCUGAGGCAGGAACACACAUGUGGAAUCCUGAAGAAGUUUGGAGAAAGGACCAUAAAGGCUCUGAAACUUGCUCAGAUAAGCCAGAAAUUCCCUAAAGCUGAUUUUUUUACUGUUACCAAACUUGUGUCGGAUAUUGCUAACAUGCACAAAGACUGCUGUCGUGGAGAUAUGCUGGAGUGUAUGCAUGAUAGGGAAGAAAUUCUACACUAUGUCUGCACCAACCAAGACAUCAUAUCAAGUAAAAUUAAAAAGUGCUGUGAAAAGCCACUGCUCCAAAGAAGUGAAUGCAUUGUUAAUGCAGAAAAUGAUGACAAACCUGCAAACUUGUCUCCCCAAGUCAAGGAGUUUAUAGAAGACAAAGGAGUAUGCGAACGCUUUGCUCAGGAAAAAGAUACCCACUUAGCCAGGUUCCUCUAUGAAUAUUCCAGAAGACAUCCUGAAUUUUCCGCUCAAAUGCUUUUAAGAAUUGGUAAAGGAUAUGAGGACCUACUGGAAGAGUGCUGCAAAACAGGUUCUCCGGACAACUGCUGCAGCAGAGGGGAGGAAGAACUGAAGAAACACAUUUAUGAAACUGAAAGCGUGAUGAAGACAAGCUGUGACAUUUACAAGGAGAAAGGAGAUUACUAUUUCCAAAACGAGCUUCUCCUGAGCUUCACCAAGAAGAUGCCUCAGCUAACAUCUGCAGAGCUGAUAAAAUUCACCAAGCAAAUGACUACAAUUGGCUCCAAAUGCUGCCAGUUAAGCCAGGACAAGCUACUGCCUUGUGCUGAGGAAAAUCUGGAUCUUGUGCUUGGAGAAAUAUGUAGAAGACACCUGACCAACCCAAUAAACCCUGGUGUUUGCCACUGCUGUAGUAGCUCCUAUGCUCUUAGGAGGCCGUGCAUGGGGAAACUAGAAAUUGAUGAGAAUUAUGUGCCCUUAUCAUUAACACCUGAUCUGUUCACUUUCCAUGAAGACUUGUGUACAACUGAAGAUGAAAAGUUACAGCACAUGAAGCAGGAGUAAGGCAUACCUCUUUUAUUCUCUUACCCCCGUGUUCCUUAUUCUUACCUUGGUAAUGCUCACCUUUCCCUCAUCCACUCUACUUGUCUGCCUUCUAUAAAAUGCUUUGGAAAGCAGGCAUAUCCUGCCUCAGCAGCACACCUAACUAACUGCUUUUCUUUCUUCUUAUCUUUGUCCUUGUUUCUUUUGCUGUCUGGUUCAACCUGUAUUUAUCUUCCUUUAAUUAGAAGAAAGUCAUUUUUCAGAAGUGGGUAGCUAUACUGGUAUAUACAGCACCAGACAGGAAGCAGUGCCUGAAGUUGGCUCCUCACACCAUUCUUUACAGUAACUGUGAAAGUCAUGUCAUAGAAACAUACCAGAACAACAAGGAAGCUACUGCAUGACCUUUAUGGUUUAAUUGAAGCUUGUCUCCCAGUGAGACAGCUUAUGUAUAUAUCCACAUCCCAAGCACUCCUUCAAUCUCUGGAUGCUUGGUUGACUUUGUCAGAGAGAACUGUCAUGCUGGACCCAACACAACAAGGAAAAACAAGUUUUCUUGGAUAACUGGUGCUAUGCCAAACCCAUAUUGUCUUGGACACUCUUGAGCAGUAAUAACACAUAUCAACUAUGAUUUGUUCAGGGAUAUUCAUGGUGGAACAACUUCAAAAACAAGCACUGCCAUUUUACUUCACAGGAGAAUAGGGAGACGUUCCCCAUUGUAAAUACCUGCCUGGGUGGUUCACGAAGAUGAAGAAGCUAUAGAAAGAAAGUGGGUAAUAAGAAAACAGAGAUCUUACUGGACUAGUGGCUUCUUAAGCUGUGUGUUCACCUGCCAGCUUCAAAGGACUUUGUUUCCCUUGCAGAAUGCUCAUCAACCUAAUCAAAUACAAGCCACAGAUCACACAGGAACAGCUGACCUCUGUCACCAUGGCUUUUACUGCCAUGAGGGAACAGUGCUGCAAAGAAGAGAAUCGUGAGGCAUGUUUUGUGAAAGA